CCCUUUUGCUUAACACGUCCUCAAGAACUGGCUCCUCCUAAUGGCCUCUCUUUGGCAUUCCGAGAGAAGCAGUAAAGAAAAUCUAAAUUGCCCAUCUUCAGAAGACAACCAAUGGCUCGAGUUAGGGUUAGGGUUUAGCAUUCCACCAAGGAGAGAACAAAACGACCUACACCAUCAACCCAGUAACCCUAACAUUGCCCUUCCAUUCCCAGUUUCAGCCUCAGCUGUUUCUUCAAAUCUCAGAUCCAAGCACAACCCACCAGCUGGUUGCAGUAGCAGCAGCAAAGGGUUGGAGCUAGGUUUAGGUUUAGGGUUGGACCACGGAAAAGAAGAGGACGAUGAUGAUUAUGAUGAUAUGGGGUUGUGGUGGCCAUGCCAUGAGAUGGAUAAUCUUUCUUCAGGUAGCUUGAAGAACGACUGGCAAAUAUCGGUUCCCAAUAAUCACCAUGAUUACUCCAGGAGAACCAGACCCCACUCUGGCUUGUGGUUUACCCUUCACUCCUACACCAACCGGAAGGGGGAAGCACUGCCUCAAAUACCAAAGGCGUACAUUAGAGUCAAGGACGAGAACGUGACGAUUUUCAUGGUUAAAAGGUACCUGGUUACAAAGCUCGGUCUCUCCAACGAAGCUGAGGUGGAUAUAAUUUGCAUGGGACAGAGAUUGGUGCAGACACAAACAUUGAAGCAAGUAAGGGAUUGUGUGUGGUUGCCGAGCUUCGUUGAAUCUGAGUCAUUCCACAAUUACUCACUUCAAAGUAAUUGUGUCAAUAAUCAUUUGAUGUCUUUAUUCUACGGAAGGAGAUGUUCUUUCAACUAAUAUA